UCCAUCACACUACACGUUUUGUAAACUAUUGUAUUGUUAUUCGUGUUUUCCGAACUUUUCGACGGGUUUAUUUGUCCGGCCAAUAACCGAUUUUCACUUGAAUCUGGCGACGAUCAUAAGACCGCUGCAACGAUAAUGGCAAAAUUCAAUAUGUUCAACCGAAACUUCGCACUGCUACUGACGAUCUUCGUGGCCGCCCAAGCGAUGCCAAACUCCGUCGACACGGACGAAGACGAAUACGUGGACAAAACGGUCAAGGACAACGCGCCGGGUCUCGUGUCGCACAUGAUCGGUGGCGGUGGCAUGAACUUGAAGAAGCUCGCGGCCCAGGCGGAAAUCGAGCCACUGAAGAUGAACGACUUCGAGCCGGAAACCGUGCAGACGCGGACGGACUACUUGAUGAAAACCGUGGACGAGGAUGGUGUGCAGGAACACGUGAACGGCCAGAGCAUCAAUCAUGACAACGAGGACGAACGCAGCGCCGCGCAGGAUAUCGAGAACACCCGUAGCACCGUGCAGGACGUUCAGGAUGGUCCUGGCACCGUUCUUUAUGCCGAGAACGUCCGUAGGAUCAUGCGAGACAACGGGGAUAUCCAUAACGCUGUGCAGGACGCCGAGAACGUCAGUAACCCUGUGAAGGAUGCCGAGAAUGACCUUAAAGCCACGCAGGACGCCGAGUACGCUCGUAGCCCCGUAGCCCCCGUAAAAUACGUCGAGGAUGCCCCCAGCGAAGCUCAGUACACCGAGGACGUUCAAAGGGUCGUGAAAGACGCCGAGGACGCUUGUAGCACCUCACAAGACGUCGUGGAUGCACCUAAAGCCACGCAGUACACCGAGGACGUCCAAAGGGUCGAGGAAGCCACCGAAGACGACCGCAGCCCCGUGCGAGACGUCGAUGAUGCACCUAAAGCCACGCAGUACGCCGAUGAUGUCCAAAGGGUCGUGAAAACCACCGAAGACGACCGCAGCCCCGUGCGAGACGUCGAGGAUGCACCUAAAGCCACGCAGUACGCCGAGGACGUCCAAAGGGUCGAGGAAGCCACCGAAGACGACCGUAGCCCCGUGCGAGACGCCGAGGACGUCCGCGAACAAUUUCAACAGCAACAGGAGAACACGGAUGACGCGGAUAACUUCAACACUCCGAACGUCCAUUAGUUCCGAGACUGAGAAACUAACCAGAAAGCCGUCACGUCAUAUCACCGCAACCAUGAUUAUCAACCUCGUCGGUUGAAAAUUCAAUUUAGCGUUCCGUCACGAAUACCGCGUUGACUACAAAUACACUAAAUACAUACUUUCUACUGUACAUCACAAA